AGGCGCAGCCGGGCGGCCGGUCAUGGCGAAGCGGGCGUCGGGGGGCUCCUCGGGGGCCCCCCAGGGGGAGGAUUUCUCCUUCGUCAGCCCGCUGGUCAAGUACCUGCUCUUCUUCUUCAACAUGAUCUUCUGGAUGAUCUCCAUGGUGAUGGUGGCCGUCGGAAUCUAUGCCCGGCUGAUGAAACAUGCAGAAGCGGCCCUGGCUUGUCUUGCUGUGGACCCGGCCAUCCUGCUCAUUGUGGUGGGCGUCCUGAUGUUCUUCAUCACUUUCUGCGGCUGCAUCGGCUCUCUGCGGGAGAAUAUCUGCCUGCUGCAGACGUUCUCUGUCUGCCUGGCAGUCAUCUUCCUGCUCCAGCUGGUGGCCGGCAUCCUCGGCUUCGUCUUCUCGGACAAGGCCCGCGGGAAAGUGAGCGAGAUCGUCAACAACGCCAUAGUGCACUACCGGGACGACCUGGAUCUCCAAAACCUGAUUGAUUUCGGCCAGAAGGAGUUCAGCUGCUGCGGAGGGGUCUCCUACAAGGACUGGUCCCAAAACAUGUACUUCAACUGCACAGCUCGCAACCCCAGCCGGGAACGCUGUUCUGUGCCUUAUUCGUGCUGCCUGCAAGCCGAAGACCAGCUGGUCAUCAACACCAUGUGCGGCCAGGGCAUGCAAGCCCUGAACUACUUGGAAGCUGGUGAAUUCAUCUACACCAACGGCUGCAUCGACAAGCUGGUGAACUGGAUCCUAAGUCUACUUUUUAAGGUUCGGAAAAUCUCUCUGGGUGUCAGCAUCCCACAGCUGAUAGGAAUCCUGCUCUCCCAGGUUCUGGUCAACCAGAUCCGAAACCAGAUAAAGCUCCAGUUGUACAACCAGCAGCAUCGAGCGGAUCCCUGGUACUGACCGGAUUUCUUCGCCGAGAACUUCUUCGAACGGUGGGGGACGUCCGCUUCCCAGAGCGCUUGGUCUCGACAGCAGGGGGGGGGGUCUUCUUUAUCCCACCAGUGCACCGGAGCCCUUCUGUCCCUCCAAAAUUGAGAUUGUUUUUUAAAGGGGGGUGGGGUAAUGAAAACAAGAGGACGUUCGCCUGCCAAUCCACAACACAACACUCAUAUUUGCCAUCUGUCAGUGGCAAUUUUCUGGGUUUUUUUGAAUGCUGAGAUUUGAACUCGGUGCUGCCCAGCCUUUGCAAACUCCAGUUGCUUCCUGGCUACCUUCCGGCAUUGGGAAGGGGCAGCUUCCUGGUUGCACCCUUGUCGGCUGCACCCUGUACCGCCGCGCUGGAGGGAAGAGCCGUCGAACUCCGGAUCUCUCUUGACAAGUGCCGUUCUGUUAACAAUGGCCUCGGGACUCUGCAUUUUGAUUUUCUCUUUUUUUAAAAAAGGACUCAAGUGACUGGAUUAAGGAGUGGGGCAAAAGGAGCAUUUCGGGCUGGAAAGGAGCCACGGAGCGCAGGUUUCGGCCCCGCUCGAACUUCACGGCGCCUGUUGUAGUCGGUUGUCCUGGCUGGAACCCGUGCCCGUAAUGCUGGAACUCAGGGGUCACCCUGAAACCGGUUGGCCAUCAAGGCAGGCAAAAAGCCAGUAUUGUUUCACCCAGUGGGUAGCGGACUUGUGGAACUCCCGGCCACCAGAUGUCAGGAUGGCCAGUGGCUUAGAUUUGUGGAAGAGGAUUUUGGAUGGUGUUAGGGAGAGGGCAGCUGUUGGUGCCAUGAUAGCUGAAUUGGAUUUGUGGGUUCACGCUCAAAAUGCCUGCGAUUAUCAAAUCCGGGGGGGCACCGAUGUGGCAUCCGACAGGCCACGAUCGGAGAGAGCGCACUGGGCCGAUCCAACAGCGCUAUUCUUAUGUUCUGGCCCAAGCAGCCGGCACCAAAAUCUCAGUCUGGGGCCUGGUUUCAUCUGGGCUUUGAUGGCCCACGAAGUGUAGUGAAGGCCUGGGCGGGGGUGGGGGAGAGGGAGCAAUCCCACCGCAUUCCCCUGGCACCUUGCCAGUCAGCCACCGGGCCAUUUAGUCCGGGCCACAACAGCCCUGCAGGGCCCCCUUGGACAGCGUCAGUUCCCAGAUAAAAAAAGAGUACCCUUUCAAGGAGCAAAGAAACGCUGGCGGUCUUGUGGAGGGCGGAACCCAGCAAGGGUGUCCCAGUGUUCUUCCGCAGGAACCUGCCCGGAGGUACCAGCCUUUGGCACCAUGCCUCAGUGGAACCUCCAUGUUCAGAGGCAGCGUAUCUUCGUGUGCCGGUUGCUGGGGCCAGAUGGGGAAGAAGAGCCUUCAAGCCUUACCCUGCCUGUGUGUGUGGGGGGGGGAGGUAUUGGUGCUGCAAACAGGGAACAGGACUUGACACCCCCCAGGUGGGCCUGUUCCAGCCCAGCUGCUCUUUUGUAACUGGAAGACGACUGGCCAGGUCUGCCAGCAGCGGCGGAGCUACAAGGGGCGGGGUGUGUGCCAUGCACCGGGCGCAUGCCUGGAGGUGUAAAAUCGCCCCAGGCCCCUCCCCUUUCCCCCCACCCCCUUGCGGCACCCCCCUCU